AUGUUUGCCCGCCUGACAAGCCAUGUUGUCCAGCCGGCUGCCCGAAUGGCAAUGCCGGCUCGCAGCAAGUUCAUGACGGGUCAAGUUCAAUUUCUCUCUACUGGUAGCAAAGGCAGAGCCAUGCCCAAGCGCGGCACCAUCGGAACCACACCCGCUGCCUCUGUGCCUGCCACUUUUACCAUCCGCGACGGUCCUAUUUUCCGUGGGAAAGCCUUUGGCGCCAAUGCUAACAUCUCUGGCGAGGCUGUAUUUACCACGUCCCUCGUUGGAUACCCCGAGUCCAUGACCGACCCCUCCUAUCGCGGUCAGAUCCUCGUCUUCACCCAGCCUCUGAUUGGCAACUAUGGAGUUCCCUCAAAUGAGCGUGACCAGUACAAUCUUCUCAAGUACUUCGAGUCCCCUCACAUCCAGUGUGCGGGCGUUGUCGUCUCCGAUGUUGCCCUCAACUACAGCCACUGGACUGCCGUUGAGAGUUUGGGACAGUGGUGCGCUCGCGAGGGUAUUCCUGCCAUCUCCGGAGUUGAUACCCGAGAAAUCGUCACUUUUCUCCGAGAGCAGGGCUCUUCCCUUGCCAGAAUUUCCAUCGGCGACGAAUAUGAUGCCGACGAGGACGAAGGCUUCCUCGACCCUGGCCAGAUCAACCUGGUCAAGCGCGUCAGCACCAAGGCCCCCUUUGUUGUUGAGUCGCCUGACGCUGACCUGCAUGUUGCCCUUAUCGACUGUGGUGUCAAGGAGAACAUUAUGCGAAGCCUUGUUAGCCGCGGCGCCUCGGUCACUGUUCUUCCCUACAACUACCCGAUCCACAAGCACGCUCAGCACUUUGACGGCGUCUUCAUUUCCAACGGCCCCGGCGAUCCGACUCACUGCCAGGAAACUGUCUACAGUCUUGCCCGCCUCAUGGAGACUUCCUCCAUCCCCAUCAUGGGCAUCUGCCUCGGCCACCAACUUCUGGCCCUCGCCGUGGGCGCCCGAACGAUUAAGCUCAAGUACGGCAACCGUGCUCACAACAUUCCCGCUCUCGACUUGACCACCGGCCAGUGCCACAUUACCAGCCAGAAUCACGGCUACGCAAUUGAUGCUAGCACGCUGCCUAGCGAGUUCAAGGAAUAUUUUGUCAACCUGAACGACGGCAGCAACGAGGGUAUGAUCCACAAGACUCGCCCCAUCUUCUCGACCCAGUUCCAUCCUGAGGCCAAGGGUGGCCCCAUGGACAGCUCGUACCUCUUUGAGAAGUACCUCGAGAGCGUUCGCCAGGCCAAGAGCGCCCAGACCGUCUACAAGGACAAUCGCCCAAGCCAGUACCUCCUCGACAUCAUAAGCCGCGAGCGUGUUGGUGUUAAGCCCGAGUCACUUGCCAGCGCCGCCUAA